AGGCACACUAUAAAAACCUGCUGGAGUGGACUGUAGUUGAGCGCGACACACUGGAUCAGAACCCAGGAACGCACUCCAUCCAUUGGCUCCUAAACGGCGCACAAUAAAAACCUGUCGUAGAAAGGCUGCUUGCUUUGCGCUCGCCCGCAAACAAUCUCUCCACGCUGCUGCAUCCAAUGCAGGUGCUGCAAGCUGGGGCUCGGCCAUCGGCCCAAUUCCUUCCCUCAUCCAUCCGGGGCGAGGGGAUAGCAGACCUAAAUUCCCACCCCUAAACCUAAGGUCCCAUUUUCUCACCCCAAAAAUACAUUCCGUAGAGAUGUUUUUCAACCUCUUGGAGAUAGCUUUAUGUAUGGUUACUGUUUGGUAAUCGUUGCUCAGUCGGCCCGAUCUGAAGAAGAUGAUGCGGUGGGCAACAACUGCUGCUCGUUAUGGCAGCCGCAGACUCGGAGCCAGAGUGCUUCAAAGGCGUCAUCUGCCUUCUGUUGUCCGCUUCAAUCAAAUAUUGGGUCAAGUUGCGAGAUUGAAACAUUAUUCCACGGUCAUCUCGUUGAAUAACCAAAUGGGCAUGUCAGGAAUUCGUCCUGAUGUUUAUACUCUGAACAUUAUCAUUAAUUGCUGCUGUCAUCUCAACCAAAUGGGGUUUGGUUUGUCUAUCUUAGGAAAAUUCUUCAAAUUAAGUUUUGAACCUCAUGUCACGACCUUCAACACUCUAAUCAACGGCUUUCUUCUCGAGGAUAGAAAGGCUGAUGCUGUUGGGAUUCUGAAUAAAAUAAUGGAAAGUGGUAACUGGAAGCCUACUGCGGUUACUUUUGCCAUACUAGUAAAAGGACUUUGCAUGAAAGGUAACAACAUUGGAGCUAUCCAAUUGCUUAAUAAGAUGGAAGAAGGAGAUUGCAAGCCUAACAUGGUUAUUUAUAGCACAAUCAUUGAUAGUCUUUGCAAGGAUACUUUAAUUGUUGAUGCAUUAAACCUCUUCUCCAAAAUGACAAGUAAAGGAAUUGCCCCAGAUGUCAUUACUUAUACCUGUUUGAUUCAUGGAGUUUGCAAAUUAGGGGAGUGGAAAGAAUCUAUAAGAUUGUUGAAUGAAAUGGUGAGGUAAAGGUAUCUUUCCAAAUGUGCGCACCUUCAAUGUCUUGAUUGAUACAAUUUGUAAAGAGGGAAUGAUCCAAAAAGCAAGGAGCGUGGUCGAAAUAAUGAUUCAAAGAGAUAUUGAACCUGAUACAGUUACUUACCGUACACUUAUGGACGGUUACUGUUUGCUCGGAGAAAUG